CCGCACAAAGCGGCGAAGGCUAUGGUGGGUGAAGACGCGCGCGGACCUCCGGCGAGCUCAUCUGACUGUGACCGACCUGCAGCGGUGUCCCCUGUCCCGAGAACAUGUCUGUGAACGAGGUGUACGUGUUCCGGCCCUUCAAGCUCAUCGCCCUGCUGUGCGUCUUUCUGGCGCUCUGCUUGGACGUGGUGGCUCUGCUGAGUCCAGCCUGGGUCACCGCGGAGCAUUUCUCCCUGUCUCUGUGGGAGUCCUGCUCCCAGUCCGAGGCGCGGCACCCGACGGAGGAGGCUGAGUGGAGCUGCUUCUCCACCCUCACAUCUGACUGGCAGAUCGCCACCCUGGUGCUGCUGGUGGCCGGCGCCGUGGCGACUCUGGUGGCCUUUUUGGUGGCCCUGAUUUCCCUCUGCCGGGGGACGCAGAGACGCCACUACCGCACCGUGGCGGUGUUCCUCUUCACUGCAGUGGUUCUGCAGGCCUGCGCUCUGGUCCUCUACCCGAUCAAGUUCAUCGACGGAACAGCUCUUCAGACCUACCACGAGUUCAACUGGGGCUACGGGCUCGGCUGGGGAGCCACCAUCUUCAUGUUGGGUGGAGGGAUCCUGUUCUGCCUGCGGACGGACGUGUACGAGGAUGCAAUGUACUGAGUCCUUUGUCGGCCCCCGCCCACUGGAAAUACACACACACACACACACACACACACACACACACACACACACACACACACACACUCACUCACUCACUCACUCACACUCACACACACAGCCCAGUACAGGAGGUGUGCUGCUUUUCUUCACUCUGCACACUCGCUCUGCGUAUGUGAGCACAGAGCCGAUCUCUCUCCUUGUCUUGCUGUCUCGCUCUCUCUGUUAUUUUUAGGCAGGUUGUGAAGGCCUAAUUCGGGCCGGGGGUGCAUGAAUAGGACCACCCCGCCGCCCCUCCUCCCACGCAGCCAGCGGGUCUCUCAGCCCUGCCGGUAUCUGCGGAGAGGCGGCAAAGCUGGAGCACAGAGAGCUUUCUGGACAGGCACGAGCCGCCGAUGCUGGACGUUUCCACUGCACGUUGACCAGGAUCUCUAUUGUUAGAGAAACAGGACAGUAGAUUCUCAGCACAGACCUGAAUGUGCAGUGACCGAACAUUUGAAGGGAUUGACUUAUCUCUGCUUUUCCUUUUUUUUAAAUUCUAUUUUGUAGCAUUUCACAAGGACAAGCUUGUUGUUAAUGUAUUUAUGGCAUCAUUUUCCACUUUAUAGAUACUGAAAAAGCUGAACUUCUCCCUCCGUGGGGUCUAGCUGAAAGAUAUAUAGUAACGCUAAGCCUUCUGAUAGUAGAAGUGUAACUUAGAAAGCUUCGAUAUAUGCUAGAGCUCUCGAGUGUUCAUGGUUUGUUUGGAACUAGUUUCUCUCUAAAAAAAAAAACUGUAAAUGUGUACAAAGUAUUUCUACAUGAAGGAAAACCCGGAAUAAACUAGCAGUUU